AUGGCAAACAAUGGUGUUCCCUUCCAAGUUCCAUUGCUCACUAAGAGCAACUAUGACAAUUGGAGUCUUAGGCUGAUGGCUAUCCUAGGAGCACAUGAUGUGUGGGAGAUAGUCGAGAAAGGCUUCAAUGAACCGGAGAAUGAUGGUGGUCUAUCUCAAACUCAAAAGGAUGGUUUGAGGGAUUCAAGGAAGAGAGACAAGAAGGCUCUCUGUCUAAUCUAUCAAGGAUUAGAUCAAGAUACAUUUGAGAAGGUUACUGGAGCAAAGACAUCCAAAGAAGCAUAG